CAUUUGGUAAAAUCUACUUUGUCUAUUUUGACUUUAUUGGAUAUCUGAAGCUUAUCAAAAGGUUGCGUGUUCAAAUCAAAAUGCGUGGUCAAAAUUUAUUUUUAUUUUAUUGUAAAAAUUGCUACUAUAUUCACAGUCUACUUUGUCUAUUUUGACUUUAUUGAUAAUUUAAAAUGUAGCAGUAUAGAAAUAUGAGAGGAAAAUUUUUGUACAGGAAAACAAUGUAAUGUAAUUGCACAGCGUUAUAUCGAAACAGCGUUAAGCGGGGUAUUACUGUAUUUGAUUGUUUACGGAAUUUUCAGCCAUACGUGUCAUUUAAUCAUGGAAGCCACCCAACAACAACAGUCAGCAUCUAAAACAAAAUCUAAUCCGAAUCGAUUUCCAUUAAAUCAAUCAACACAAUCAUUACCGCCAUCAUCACCACAAUGUUCUAUGAUUUUCAUCGAAUAUCAACUCAUGAAAGAAUUCGUUUUGUUUCAAAAACAAGAAUUUCUUCAUGUCUACAUAUCACCAUCUCAUGAAUCUGCAUUUGAAUGGUUUGGAGUAAUGUUCAUCCAUCAUGGUUUAUACAAAGGAAAAAUAUUUCGCUUCUCUAUACACAUCAGCCCAUCAUAUCCUAAUUGUGAUAUACCGAAAAUAAUAUUUGAUCCAAUACCUCACCAUCCGUUGAUAAAUGAACAGACUGGUGAACUGGACAUGUCCAGUAAAUUCAUUAAAUGGAAUUCGACGUGUAAUUUUAUAUUUGAAGUAAUUGAAUUUGCCAAGCGAGUAUUCGAAUUUGAUGAUAUCGAACAAAUAAAACACUUGGCCAAUAUUGAUAAAUUAAAUUAUGACACGGAACAAUUGAAAACAAUGAUCGAAGAUAAAAUGAAUAAUUUCAAUGAUCGUGUCAUGAAUAUAAAACGCGAUGAUAAAAACUAUAUUGAUUUUACUGAGCCAGAAAACUCUUCCAUAAUCGACAAAGUAAAACAUAAAUUAUUAACAGAAAAAUUCUCUUUGGAUUCUGGUAUUGAUUAUCUUGGUGCCAAUGGUAAUAUAUCCAGUGCAGUAGAACAUCCCAAUCGUAAUUAUUGUACAACUUCGAUCUCUGGUCUAUCUUGGGCGAAAAAAAUUGUUUACAAUUGAGCUAUCAAUCAUCAAUAUAAUUAUUUGCCUUCAUAUUUUGAUU